GCGUCCUUUCAUCAUCCCAACUCGGCAGACCAAUCUGGUGUACGUUUAUACGGGGUAAUUUGGUUUGGAAAACUAUGGACCCAGUUCAUAAACGGCAAGUGGUGGAGAAUCUGUUCCUAACGUUCGCAACAAAACAGGCGGAGCUGUUCAAACAGUACGAUGCGAACAGGAAGAAGCGGUCCAAAAUUUUCCUCCAGCGGCUACGCUACCAGCUGAAGCGCAACGGUGAAGCCCAUCGGAAGGAAUGGAGCAGCAAGCUGGAGACGGAACUGCUGGACAGCAUACCGACACGUAAGAUCUGGAAGUUGAGCCGCAACGAUCGGUGGUUCCGCGAGCUGUUCCAGCAAGAGAACAACGAUCAGGAGCUGUUGCAACAUUUCCGUAUGCAUCGUGGCAUGUUCGAUACGCUGGUGGAGAUGCUUAGCCAAGAUCUGGCACCGCAUCCAUUGCUGGCGGCCCAGUCUUGUAGUGCGGAGAAAAAGAUUGGGAUCGGGUUGUACAAGCUGACGACCGGUGCCGAUUACGCCACGAUCGGAAACCUAUUCGGCGUACACAAAGCGACGGUCAAGAACUGUGUCCAUCAGUUUUGCAAGUCGAUAGUGAAGAACGCCAUGGACUCGGAGAUCUAUCUGCCCGACCCCGAAGAGAUGGGCGAUAUCGGUAAAGGAUUUGAGGAUAAGAGCGACAUUCCGUUGAUUAUUGGUGCGAUGGGUCGUAUACACAUUCCCAUUACGCCCUCGCUGGCUGAUUCGAAAAAUUAUCUCAAUGGAAGGAAAUGGCCUUCUUUGAUUCUGCAAGCGGUCGUAGAUAACAAUCAUUGUUUUAGGCACAUUACAUGUGGGCAUGUCGGUGCAACCGAGGACAGUGUCGUGUUGAGCGAUUCCGGUCUGUACCAACACUUCGAAGGUGCAGAAUUGCCUACUCAGAGUGUUAACGGAACCACACUAAAGUCGUUCAUCGUGUCCGAAUCCUCCUAUCCGUUGCUUCCUUGGCUGCAACACGCCUACGUGACACCGCAAACGACCGAAGAAGAAACGUUCAACGAACAUCUAAACAAAGCACGCAUAUUCGUGGACGAAGCGUUUGAAAAGCUUCGCGUACGGUUCCGCAUACUGCAGCGGAAGAUCGACAUCGAUAUCAACUUUGUGCCGCAGAUCCUGCUAACCUGCUGCAUCUUGCAUAACAUUCUCGAAAAGAACCAAACGCCAUAUUUGGAAGAGUGGAAGGAAUCGCUGCAAGAAUUGGGCGGAAAGUAUCCCCAGCCGGAUGGUUCGACCAGCACGAACUAUACUACCACGGUUGAGGGAGAGACCGUAAGAGAUGCGCUCAAGGAGCACCUGCAAUCAAAGUAUGUGCUUUUCCGGUCGAUUGAAUACAACCAGGUAUAUUUCAUCAGCGAAGCGACAAAUUAA